UGGACGCCUGCGUCGACGGGAAAGUCACCUCGUUGUGCGGUCAGGGUGAAGCUACUGACAGCUAGCCGGUAACCGGGGCCAGAGCUCCGGCGAAGGUCGACAGGAGGACACCAGCAUCUUUCCCCCCGAGCCUUGAAACCAGCCCGGGCUUCACUUCCAGCCCGCUGACCGACCGCCGCGCCUCCCGCAGGAAGAACCGCAGCGAGCCCGCCGUGUAGCCAGUUAGCUCAGGUCUCCCUCCGUCUUCUCCACCCUCCGCAGCCAUGGCCGCGCUCAGGGCGUCCUACCACCGGAUCCUGGACCGGAUCGAGCACAUGCUGCCCGCCAAGCUGAGGCCCCUCUACAACCACCCGGCAGGUCCCAAAACCGUCUUUUUCUGGGCCCCGAUGUUCAAAUGGGGUCUGGUUUUCGCGGGUUUGGCUGAUAUGACUCGACCAGCAGAGAAACUCAGCACGUCUCAGUCUGCAGUGCUGACGGCCACCGGCCUGAUCUGGUCCAGAUACUCUCUGGUCAUCAUCCCAAAGAACUGGAACCUGUUCGCCGUCAACUUCUUCCUGGGCGCCGCCGGAGGAAAUCAGCUCUACCGGAUCUGGAGGUACGAGCAGGAGCAGAAGGCCAAGGCGGUGGAGGCCGCUGAGUCCUGAGGGCCGUGGCGACCGCCCGCCGUCCUGAAGGGAGACUCCUCAUCACCGCUCCAUAACUCCAUGCCAUAACCAUCCAUCCACCACAUUAAGCCUGUCGGCCCUGUUGGAAAUAUGCACUUUUCCUUAAGUUUCACAUUUCCUCAGGGUAUUAUUAUAACUUUGAAAAAACAAAAAAAAGAAAACAAGAGAGAGAAAAGAAACAAAGAACUUUUUUUUUUUUUUUAACUUGUCAACACUCACGAGAAUGGCAGUCAUCAACGCACAAGUACCACUUGUUCAACAAGUGCUGUGAUUGUACGAUGUUUUAAUUUAACUUCUUGCUUUAACGCUCAUGCACUCGUUGGGAAGUUUUUCCAUCAUCAUCAUCAUCGCUGUUCAGGUGUAGCAAGUAGUACCUCAAGAAGAAAAAGACUUCCCCUCUUCCCCCCUAAACAAUGUAUUUCUUAGAUUAGUGUUGAACGUGGUUUAAAGAAUGUCUGUAAAUGAAAUGACCUCAUCGGUGUUUCUAAUCGCGCAGACAUCUGUACCUCAGCAGUCAUUAAAUCUCAUUGUAACGAUUCCUUUAAUUCAAGUAGCUUUAAUUUCUUUUUGAUCUGUGUGAAAACCAAUCCUCAUUUCUGAAUCACUCCAUCAAAGACUUGUUGUAGCUGUACAGAACAACACUUUGUAAUCCGACGAUCGCCUCAGUUAAUCUGUCCAGCUUUUGUUUUUUAAACAUUGCUUCAGAGUCAAAGAGCAAACACUGACACCAAACCCUGCCGUUUCGAAGCUUUGUUGUUCUUAGGAAGGUGUUUUAUAUUGUGUAAGAAUAACACGUUGUUUUGACCCUGUAUUUACACGACUCAACUCCCUGAUGAAUUUAGCAAUAACUGAAUCGAUCUCUUAGCCUGCUGACUGUUGGAACAAAUGGCACUUUGAUGACGGUUGAUCGCGAUGGCGCUGUAAUGGAUGUGUAAUACUAAUAAAUGCUGUUUGACACAGA